UUUGCAACACGACUGGGAGGCGCAAAUAUCGCUAGCUUGAGUUCCCGCUUCCGAUUCCGCUGCUUUUAUUGAUCUACCCCAUGGAUCUACCGCUGACAGUUCCACUAUAAUUUCCUGAUUACAAACGGAUAAUUCGAGAAGACCACCACAAAUCGUGUUCAGCAAUGGCAGGCAGCCCAGCUCUGGUGAUGCGUCUGGUGGCUUCGGCCUUCAGUGUAGCGGAACGGGCCGCGGGCAUCGUGAGGAAAGUGAUGCGCAGCGGGGAACUCGGCAUUGUGGAGAAGACAGGAGCCAACGACUUGCAGACGAUGGCUGACCGGCUGGCCCAGCAGAGCAUCUGUGCCUCUCUGUCGCGAAAGUUCCCCAACAUUACCAUCAUCGGAGAGGAGGACCUGCCGCAAGAGGCUGUGGGAGAGGACCUCAUCGAGACCGGCCAGGCCGAUGAGAUCCUGCAGAAGCCCUGUCCGGCAGAAUACUGCAACGUUAAAGAGGAAGAGGUUGUAGUGUGGGUUGAUCCUCUGGAUGGCACUAAAGAGUAUACUGAAGGGCUCCUGGAUCAUGUGACUGUGCUGAUUGGGAUUGCAUACAAAGGGAUGGCCAUUGCCGGGGUCAUCAAUCAGCCCUUCUUCAACUACCAGGCUGGGGCGGGCGCGACCUUGGGGAGGACGCUGUGGGGAGUUGUGGGAUUGGGGGCAUUCGGCUUCCAGCUGCAGGAGGCCCCCGAGGGACGGCGCGUCAUCACGACCACCCGCUCCCAUAGCAACAAGGUGGUGAUGGACUGCGUGCAGGCCAUGGAGCCCCAUGAUGUCAUCAGGGUGGGCGGGGCUGGGAAUAAGAUAAUCCAGCUGGUGGAGGGGAAGGCCUCGGCCUACGUCUUUGCCAGUCCGGGCUGUAAGAAGUGGGACACGUGUGCCACUGAAGCGAUUCUCCACGCCGUGGGGGGCAAGCUGACGGACAUGCACGGAAAGGCUUACCGCUACGACGCGGACGUCAAGCACAUGAACUCAGCCGGGGUGUUAGCUGCGCUGCGCAACCAUGAGUACUACAGGAGCAGAGUGCCCCAGUCUGUACUGCAGGCCCUGCCCUGUGACUGAGCCACGCACAGCCAGGGCGACGGGGGCGGCCGGGACAGGCUCCCUUCCGCCUCCCGGUUAACCUGGAGCUAGGCUAAUGUGCUAGGAAAUCGUAGCCUGUGCAGCAAAACAAGAAACGAAUCGCGUGGCAUUGCUAAUUUGCUAAAUAGCACACAUCGCCCACUGGAAUACUGGUAUUUUGUUAACUUUAUGCUUUUGUGAUUUGUUAUGAGCCACUUUAAAGACACUGAUUAAGGUUAGUUUAAAUUGAGUUUUGUAUCGAGAAUCUCCGUUCAGAAAUUAAUUUUGUCUAGGACUAGGCUUAAACUGGGUCUGAAUAUUUAUGAAUGAAUAAAGGUCCAGAUUUGUAUUAAAUUUGUAUUAUUAA